AUGAAAUUGAUUACAUCAACAAUCCUUUUUAGUCUCGUUCCUCUCAUUAUCGGAAGGACUAUCCCUCGGCAGCUAGCUGCUGAUACUGUGGAUUCCGUGUCCAGCAAUCUGGACGACCUAUCAGCUACGAUCCAGGUGCUCGUUCCUUCCCCGUAUGUUCGAGACACUUUGGAGAAUAGAUUCGAACACAGCUACGAAACUACCGAGAAUGGACAAGACUUCCAAAGCCAAGAAAUCGUGUCACAAGAGAUUAUGAAGCUACAGCUCCUAGGAAGACUCUUGAGUGGUAUUGCGAGCACAAUUACCGAUACCAAUGACUCUACACCUGCACGUUCGACUUCUGCUCAAACCACUCAAGAACCUUCCGAUUCAUUCCAUAGGAGAUCCCUGGACGAGGAUUCAGGAGACACAGGCCUACCGCAAGCGAUUUCAAAAAGACAACAACUCCUAGGGCAACUUUUGGACGGCGUCAUAAGCAUCCUAGAUGGCUCUAUCUUGGCCCGUUUGGAUUUGGCUGGGACUACUGGCGAUCUCUCGAGUCCAUUCGACGUAAACCUCUUAGACGGCACGCCAUAUCCAGAUAGCGUACCGCAAGCGGUCGCAAAAAGACAACUCUUAGGGCAACUCUUGGAAGGCGUCAUCAGCAUUCUAGAUGGCUCUAUCUUAGGCCGUUCGGAGUUGACUGAGACUGCUCGAGUCUGUCUUCGCCGGAAACAAAAGACCAAACAACACAGAGCUCUAAAAGUGAUCAGAAGGAUCAUGAUUUUGAACCUUCCGAUGAGUGAUCUUAAACAAGCUUGGAUGAUCUUGGUUCCGGCAUAG